CCAAAACACAGUCAUCACAUGCGGCAAUAUCCCUUGAAUUUGUGGCGAAUGUAAGCAAUCUAGUCAAUAGAGUAUAUCUCACUGUGCAGUAGGUGUAAUGGAUGAAGCCACAGAAGCAGUACCUUACUAUGGGUCUCAGUUUGCUGAACUCGUAAAGAACCCACAGUCCUUCUAUGGUUAUGUAGCGUCACUAGAGGAGGCUAAAGACGUCAUACAACUGUACGAAGUCAACACAUCAGCCAAGUUUAGACUGUAUGUCCAAAGUAAAGGCUUUGGACUACCGCUUGAAGAAUGUCUGAAGAUGCAAUCUCAUCGCAUCAGGUUUAAUGAUUUAGCUGGCCAUGAGAGGCGGUCUGUUCUUCCACUGACAGGGGUACCAUUUAUGAUUCUUGGCAAGCAACUUAAACGCUGCAAAUAUGGAAAAGAUCCCAGAAAGAGGCCACCGCGGCUGGUUAAAUUGCGCAAUCGCGUAUCAAAAAAAUGUGGGUGUAACUCGAUGAUUGUUGCACGAGAUGUACUAGUAUUUCUAGACCGCACGCUGCAUGAUAACACGGAUAAAACCCUCAAAGGCAAUGUGUCGAGAGAUAUUAAAGAGGAACUUGCUAGAGGUGUCAUACGAGGAGUAAGGAGGAUUUACAUUGAUCUACCUGAUCCAAGAAGUCAUAAUGGACAUAUCCCUGGACAGGAGAAAGAGCCUAGGAAAAAGAAAGCGAAGGACGAGCAGGGAAUAGAAAGGACAGGUAUGGAUCUUACAUUUCUUGGGACUGCGUCCUGUAACCCAACACCAAAACGAGGAGUUUCUUCAACCGUCUUUAGACAUGAGGGCUCCUGCUGGAUGUUUGAUUGUGGUGAAGGAACCCAAACACAACUUAUGAAGAGUCAACUCAAAGCAGGUCGCAUCACAAAGAUCUUCAUCACUCAUCUACACGGCGACCAUUUAUUCGGCCUGCCCGGUCUGCUGUGCACCAUUAGUCAAGGAAUAGACGAGACCAAGAAGAAAACACUGGAGAUCUAUGGACCGUCCGGACUCAGGAAAUACCUCCGAGUGAGCCUUGAGUUGUCAAGAUCAUUGCUGAACUAUAAAUAUGUGGUGCAUGAAUUACUUCCACCAGCGUCAGAUCUUCCGGAUGAUUGGGAGACAUGGCAACCAGAUCAUGAAGCUGCUGAUUGCACCCAUCCAAGUGAAACUUUGGGACGAUUAAUUGAUGCUGAUGAACAUGGUUCUUGGAAUGUAUAUGAGGACAAGAAGGUAACUGUGAAAGCUGCACCACUCACACAUAGAAUACCAUGCUUUGGGUAUGUCAUCCAGGAGAAACAGCAACCUGGAAAACUGCAGACAGCCUUCCUUAAGAUGAAUGGAGUCCCAGCAGGACCCUUGUAUGGACAACUGAAAGCAGGCAAAGAUAUUGUAUUAGAAGAUGGGAAAGUUAUAUCAGCAGCAGACGCUGUGGGGCCUCCUAUCCCAGGACGAAAAAUAGUUAUCCUUGGAGACACUCGAGACUCUUCACGGAUUGCUGAUUUAGCGAUGGAUGCAGAGGUCCUCAUCCACGAGGCUACACUUAAUAAUGAACUUGAAGAGAGAUGUAUAGAGAAUGGGCAUUCUACACCGGCCAUGGCAGCCAGUUUUGCCACGAGGAUAAAUGCCAAAAGCCUAGUCCUGUUUCACGUCAGUCAACGUUUCAAGGGUCUCUCAGAGACGCUGGAGGAGGGGGAGCAAUCAGUGGAGCUUCUUCACAAGCAAGCCACUGAGGCCAACUACUCAGGGACGAUAGCCGUAGCAGAGGAUUUAGAUGUCAUCUCAGUCAGGAAAAAAGAGGUUCAAAAAUGACUUUAAUCCAGGUUCAUGCAUUCUGUGUUCUGUCGUCGUUAGAACACCGUUUGUCAAUUUAUAAUACGUAAGACAUAAGAAACUUUAUUAAUCUUCGAAAAGAGGAAAUUACAUUGCUCAUAUUGUUUUGCAUUCCAUGGAGGGGUUUAGAUUAAAUUAUCAUGGUGUACAAAAAAAGACAAAUCAAAGCCUCAUACAAGGGAGACAAAUUUUGAAAAUUGAGAUUUAAGAUUUCAGAAUUUAUGAUGCAUAUAGCUUGCACCCAGGCUGGGAAAAGUCAUACAUUCCAAUAUAGCCACGUUUUUAAGUUUUAAUGUGUGACAGACAGUGCCACAGCAACUAUUGACUUCUCAGUGAUGCCACUGGCAAAUAUGUACAGUAUGAAACAGUAAAGCAGGUUUAAAGAAUAAAGUUUCUGAGAUAAAUAUCUAAA